AAGGGAAGGAAAGAUAUGAAUUAUAUCACUUCAAUUAAAGUAGGCCUACCUACUAGUAGUAGUAGGUAUGUUAUUAACCAUAACUAUAGUAGUAGGUACUAUCAUACCUAUAGUAGUAAUACCUAUAUUAUUACCAUACCUACUAGUAGUGGGUAUGUUAUUAAUAAUUUUUUUCCAGCAUGUUGUCCAUUUUGUAAUAUAUUCUCCUUUUCAUCAACAGUUACAAGAGGCAUCAUACGAGGCGUGGAGAAUCUCGAUGAUCUGAAAGUGUCUGAGAUCACCGUGAAAGUGACCAAGCACCUGCGGGAGUCGACGCCCGACGAGCUGAGCUCCCUGGCCGAGGAUCUAGCCAGCAACGAGAUAGACAGGACUCAGUCAACGACGGACGGCGACAAACACAAAGACAGGACACAGUCAACGUCCGACACCGACAAACAUAAUGUCACAGUUCGCCUACAGGUGCCACAGCACUGCGGGGCCAGGCACGGAGCUGGUGAAUUUGUUUUCAUGGCGCGUAGAAAACUUGGUGACUUGGUGCUACGUUGUGCACCAAGACUAGAGGACUGGAUUGAUGUGGUGCGGAGUGAGAACGCUAAAGGCAGCGCGCAUUGUUUGUUGUAUAGUUGAUUUGUUGCAUGACUUAUUAUUACCAUACCUUGAUUACCAUGUAUUCAUUUUUUUAAAGAACACACUACCGUAUUGUGCAUUCAGUUGUGUGUACAUUUUUUGUACAUUAUUAGGGUGCUAUCAUCUCAAAAAACUUAUAAAAACAAUACUUAUGGAAUGGUUAACAACGGUAAUUACUUUGAAAGUAAGCUGGAAUUCAUUAGAUUCAAUCCCUAUAAAUUAUUAGUGGAACUCAGUUUGUUUUCCAAUACCUUGGAACUUGGAUUUAGUUCUCUUGCAUGCUCAAUAUUGACAUUAGAUAAGAUGAUACUUCCAAUAAAAGAUGACAUUCAUAUUCUGGGAGGUGAACACUGGUUCUUUUGGUACCUACCCCCUUGUUACAAUCCUGAAUCCUGGAUGGCCUGAGAGGUCAUUAAUAAAAAUCAAGGUUGUUAAAAUAGUAUACCUAUUCUGUUAAUUUGGUGCCAUACUGUCAAUAUUUAUUUUUGAAAAUAAGGUAUCUUCCUCUUUUAUAAUAUUAAAAUCAACACAAUUGAGAUACAGACCAUUUCUUAUUCUGGAAUCUGCGUCAAAUUUGAUUUAUUGCUCAAUUUAUUAAUAUACUCCUCCAUUCUUUACAAAUUGAUUAAGUCAUCUACUUUUAAUAAUUUUAUAUAAUAUCAAGGGUGUACAUAUUUUCCUUGUAAAUUUGUAAAUUACUGUAUAAAAAUAAGUGGACAGUAAAGGAAAUGCUACAUUCCACAUUAUAAUGUAGAUAACUUAUUUGAAUUGAAUAUUUGGAGAGCAAUGCCAGGGUGUGUUAUUUCCAAUAUUAUGUGCAAUCUACCAUCUUAUUAAGGUUUUCAAUUGUUUAUUAAAUAAGUCUUUGAAAACAUUUUUCUCAUAUUAUUUCAGGAUAUUCUCUAUGCAUUGUAAAGUUUUUAUGCUUGUUAUUAAUUUUGUUGGUGGAUACUUCUUGUUUUUGUACAGACAGAAAAAUAUCUUAUAUCAACAAUAUUUUAUUUAUUUGUGUAAUCUUUUGAUUAUUUUCAGAUAGAUAGGUUUUUGAACUUUAAAGUGUAUUUAGUGCAGUAUUACUAAGUAUCUUGAUUGUUCAUUGUUUUCCCUUCAACUCGUGAUAAUAAUUUAUAUGAACGUUGAAUAUAAAAAACACUUUUGAAGUAGAAAAACUUACUUUUCAGCAGUUACGACGUUUCGACUUGUGGGUCAUCUACAGACACUGCUAAAAAGUGAGUAUUUUUACUUCAAAAGUGCUUUUUUAAUCCAAAGUUUCAAUUAAUAGUUGACAAGAAUGGUCAAACAACACACUAAUUUCUUUAACAUAAGUAUAGCCUAUGGUUUAUUAGUUGUAAUUCUCUUUAUAUGUUUUAUUUUAUUCUCUGUUUUAGUGAAUUCAUAGUGCCAAAUCAGUUAUCUUUCUCUAGAGAACUAUCAACUUUGAACUCUUUUCUCUUUGAAAUGUUGUUAUUAUAUUUUGUUGUACUUUGUUAGUUUAUGAAGCUAGAUGUUAUAAAGAAUACUAUUUUCUGCUGCCAUAAUAAUUCAGUAAUUGAGUAUCUCAAAAUAGAUUACUUUCAACUUUGGCCUUUUGAAAAAACCUUUUAAUCAAAUAAUAAAUAGAAAAAUUAUUGAGCUUUGACUAUGUAUUUUUGGUGUAAAUAAAAACGAAAAAUCAUCUAUGUAUAUAAAAUAUACACGUGUACGUAUGUAAAUAAUAGGUGAAGUAUAUAUAUUAGGAAUAUAAGAUCAGUUGAGUUUUUUAGAUAGAGUUGAGCAUAAAUAAAUUUAAGUUGCUCAUUGAAGACUUCAAUGUUAAUGCUAUUGGAAUAAAACAUUUUAAUAUUAUAUGGAUCUAUGAAUGAUACAUCUUUCAGUCAUAGAUAUAUCAUUGAUACAGUCUAUUUCUUUGUUUCUCACAUUUAGAUAAUUACUAUUUUCAUUUAAAUUUUAAUUUGUUAUUAAUUUCUCAAAAAAUAUUUUUUGAGAUUUCAAUGCUAAUCUAAAUCCAAUUUUCAUUCAAGUUCACAUGAGAUGUAAUUGAUAAAACUCAUGAAGCAGGUCAAAUAUGCAUUAUCAGAUUAAAUCCAAAGAGCCCUUGUAUCGAAAGUAUCAAUUUAUAAGAAUAGAAUAAAAAUGAUAAUCAUUAUUUUUUGUGAAUCGAAUAGGUUCUUAAACAUAACACA